AUGGCUUUUAUCAAUCGUGCGACCGCUUUAAACGUCAAAUCGGAGCUGGACAUUUUCAGUAAACUUCCAAUUCAAACCACCGUAGAAAGCGGUGCUCUUCAUAGCUAUAGACCGGUAACUUCGAUUUCAAAUGAGGGUCCUGUAGAAUUUGUAGUUAGCGGCACCAGUAACGAUGAAUACUUGGAUCUGGGCAGAGUUUACAUUUAUGUAAAGGUGAGACUAACAACUAUGGUCCCGCCAGCAGUGCCAGGGCAACCAGCACCGAUACCCGGUACCGUUGGUCCUGUCAACAACUGGUUGCAUUCCAUGUUUUCGCAAGUGGACGUAUAUUUGAAUCAAAAAUGCAUUACUCCACCCAGCAAUUGCUACCCGUAUCGUGCUUAUAUUGAAAACCUUUUGAAUUAUAGCUCUGAAAGUAAAAAAACACAUCUUUCUUCCGGAGUGUGGGCAGACGAUACUGCAAAUAAUAUGGACAUUGCAGGCAAUGCUAAUGUUGGUUUUACCGCUCGACGGGAACUGACUAGACAUAACCAGGAUGUCGAAUUAUAUGGGCCUCUUCACUGCGAUUUAUUCAACGUCGACAAAUAUUUGAUUAAUGGUGUCGAAAUGACGAUCAAGAUGAAUAGAGCCAAUCAGCUCUUUCACAUAAUGGGAACAGCCAAUUCAGUGGGAUUAUUUGAAUUAAAAGAUGCAGUUUUGUUUGUACGCAAAGUAAAAAUUGCACCGGGAACUCUACUUGCACACCAUAAGGUUUUGAACACUGCUACCGCAAAGUACCCAAUAAAUCGUGUUGAUAUUCGUACAAUGACUAUACCUCAAAAUACGCAGUCAAAGACGUUGGACAAUAUCUUCCUCGGGACGCUUCCGAAACGAUGCGUUCUUGGAUUCGUCAGCACCGAAGCAUUUAACGGUUCCUUAACAACAAAUCCAUUCAACUUCACUUCCUUUAACUACAUUUCAGUCGGAUUCUACCUCGAUUCCGUGGCUGUGCCCACAAAGCCAUUUAACUGCGACUUUGCAACGAAUCAAUACAUUCGAGCAUACCACUCACUAUUCGAGGGAAGUAACAUUAACCACUCAGAUAUCGGAAACAACAUAAGCCGCGUUGAUUACCCGAACGGAUACGCUCUACUUGCUGUCGAUUUUACACCCGAUUUGUGCUCGUCAGCGACUCACGUCUCAUUACCGAAAACGGGUUCGUUGCGUAUAGACGUUCGUUUUGCCGCCCCUCUUGCUCAAUCAAUUACUGCAAUAGUUUUUGCUGAAUUUGACGGUUUAAUUGAAAUUGACCAGUAUAGAAACAUUGUAACCGACUACAGUUGUUAA